UUGUGCCUUUUUUUGGACAGUACCCAGGGAGUGUCCGUUGGCAUACGUUGGCGGCAUCGGUCGUACCGAAUCGAUAGUAUAGCAGUGGAACGGUGAUCUAGACGUGUGCGGCAAACAGUGAGCAAGUCAUCGGUGACUUAAAUUGUUUCUCGUUUGAUCGUGCUAUAACGUGCCAUCGUACAAUGAAGCAUUUUGUAGUGUUAAGUGCGUUAGUGUUAGCGCUAGCUAGUGCAAGACCGGAAGGUUAUAGUUACUACACACCGCAUGUUUCCAGUUCCGGCCAUUCUGCUACCUCGAGUGCUAGUGUUCUGUUUAAUUCCGGCACGAGUGCGUCUGGCACGAGUGCGUCCGGCACCAGUACUGUGGAUGAUUGUGAAGAACCUGAGCACGAGCAGCUGUCUCCGUACCAGCACAGCCAGGUGCACUUCUUCGCACCACAAGCCCCCGCUCACUCCGAAACCUCAUCCUAUCUGAGUGCUUCUUCCGGACAUCAUCAGCACGAAUCGUCGCUUCCAGUAGCUCACUCGCAAGCAUCCGUGUCUAGUGGUUCUUCCGGUUCUAGCCACUACCACUACCAGCACCAGGAGCAACAACAGCAUCAACAACAACAACAGCACCACCAACAUCAUCAGGCGGUCGAACAUCAGGUGCAUCAUCACGUUGAGCCACAGAUCGAGUACUUUACAAACGUACACCAGCAUCAGCAGGCUCACCAACAGCAGCACCAUCAUGCUCACCAUGAAGCAUCCGUACACUACGUACAACAGCCCGUAGUGAAGGAGGAAGUCCAUAAGCACGUUUACGUACACGUCGCACCAGAAGAGAAGGAAGAAAUUCACCAGAAAGUGAUACUGCCAACCUACACCAAGCAGAAGCACUACAAGAUCAUCUUCAUCAAGGCACCAUCCCCACCGACCGUUAGCAAGGUGGUUCUACCUCAGCAGCCAGUCAACGAGGAGAAAACAUUGGUCUACGUGCUUCACAAGAAGCCCGAGCUGGAACAGGAAAUUGUCGUACCACCGCCAGCGACUUCAAAGCCCAGCAAACCGGAAGUGUACUUCAUCAAGUACAAGACCAAGAAGCAAGAACACCAACAUUCGUACCAUCACGAGGAACAGCACUCAUCCAGCUCUUUCGGUGGAAGCAGUGCUAGCAGCUCUGGAGGUGGCUUCGAAGUGGGCGAUCUCUCCGGGUAUGGUGGAUCGCUUGGUAAUAGCUUUGCCCCGAUCGUCGUUUCGGAAGGAUCGUACCAUAGCACGACAGCAGCACCGCUUAAAGUGACUACUGUCCAUUCCGUGGCAUCUUCAUCCUCGGCCGCACCCUCAUCGUCCUACGUUAGCAGUACGGCUAGCAGCCACGGUGGGCAUAAGGCUCAGAGCAUUAAAGUCACCAACAUUGGUCUGUCCGGAUAUUCUACUGGAGGAUCGGGCAGUGUAGCAUCAAGCUCCAGUUCCGGCUCCGGUAGUACUAGCAGCCGCCAGCGUGGUUCCAAAAAGUCCUGCGGAAAGUGUAGCAAAACUAACAGCACUCCUUUGUCCGUUGGAGGAACUCUGGAUGCAUUUGUGUCGAACGUGUUCUAGGUGAUAGAAAGGGAGAACGCAUGUUCUUUAGUUGUAGAAACCUUAGAUUCUUUAGCUCGUUUAAGAACCACCUCCCGAAGAGAGUGAGAAGGGUGUGUUCCAAUGCCAGAUCCGUCUACUGGAUGUUAAUAAAACACAAACAACAAAUUUCUCAAACCUCCGUUUCAUCUCCAUUUACUGGCAGUGACAUUAUGCAAUCUACAUGAGCAGUCGCACUCAGGCUCAUUGUUAGUGGUCGUAGUUGCGUACCACCAAGGAACGGGACCGUUGUGAAAGGGACCGUAUGAUCGAUAACGAUGAUCCGAUCCGGCGAAAGAGAAUGUAUGGGAAGGUACUCCGAUAGCCUUCCCAGUGUCUGUCCUUACCAGGAGUUUCCUUCACACGUUGAUAAUGUUGAUGUUCUUCGGUACCGCGGACCGGGUAUUCCCUCGCUCUGCUCGAAUGGUAUGUAAUUAGUGGUGCGAAUUGGCCACGAUUUGUCGCCUCGGACGACGAUGGUGAUGAAGUGGAGCUCUGACAAUCAUCGAGGCAUCUCCCCGGUUGUUGGUUUUGGUUGUUGUGCUUGCAAUCUUCUUUUUGUUGCCUUACACUACCUCUUUGCAAUGCCAAUUUACUUCGCCUUCUCGCUCUACGCCUCGGGACUGAAAGGCGCGUUAAUCAUCCUAAUGUUUUAUCGUCUCUCUUUUCCCAUUCUGCAAGCACAAAUUACCCAUUCAAAGUCACGUGUUCGAGGUGUUUGUUUGGGCGCAACAGGUGCCAGAUAACCGAAUACAUUCGGUUUCGAUCAAUCGAGCGAACGCACUCUUUUUGUUCCUUUUUUAACCGUUUUAUUUUGCCUUUCUUUCUAUCUCUUUGGGAAGUAAUAAAAUAUAUGUAACUGGUAAAAUUUGGAGACUUCUCGUUUGCUCUUGCAUGAUGACCUGUACUUGAAUUGGAGCUGAACAAGCUUUGGUUCGAUUAUCAAUUCGCUAAAGCAUACAAGCUGAAGGUAAACUAGUUGAAAGUUAAUCCAUCAUUUUGCCCACUUUGAGUGACCCUCAAGACUGCCAACAGCUGAACAGUAAUUACUCAACAACUGAACGAUCAGUGACACACUUAAAAACUUCCUUAAACUUAUUAAUUUAAUGGGAAUGUUUUGAUUUGUUAGUUCAAAUCGUUACCCCGAUAAUCUUUUCAAAAUUGUUAUAGUUACCGAUUCGUCAAAAGAGGCUUAAACAUCAUAAAAGCCCACACUUUUAAUUUUCCUACGAUUUGAACGAUUGGCAUCCACAGUUCUGGGGUUUUCCAAAUUUUCAAUUCCAAUCUCCAUCUAUCCUUGAACAUCCAUCAGCACGACACAACACACGCACGAAGUGUCCGAAAAGUGGUACCAAUCUGCAAAAUAGAAUAUCGCUUCCAUCAAUUCUCGUUCCCACUCUUGAUUUCGUUACAUUUCGAUCGACUUUGCUCGCCAAACUGGUUUGAGUAAUAGAAAUUACACUUUUCCUUGACAUGCCAUGUCGUCACGUAUGAUCGGUUCGCUUUUUGUUACUCCACUCGAUCUUCCUAAUGCAGUUAAAUCCCGCAAGCGAAUCAAAACAAAACCACAUUCCAAAACCAUGUUACAUUGCGAAGCAUCUCGAAGCACUCAGCCUCACUGCCGAAGGUCUCGUGCAGAUUGACGUCGUGUACCGUAUGGUGCCUUUUGACCUCUUACGCUUCCGCACUUCAAAACUCAAUUGCACUAGGUAAACAUGGUAAAAGAAACCCCCAUUAACGCACUUACUGGUGAUAUAAUGUACACGAUGAAAACACGGUUAGAGUUUUGUUUAAAUAAAAAAUUUGUCACCGUUAUUUUUUUUUAUUCUACUUGAGUUGCGCCACACUUCGUCCGGGUGAUCUAAUGUCCGUUGCCGGA